ACGCGUAGACAGUCUACGCAGGGAGAGGGUAGAAAAGAGGUCCUCGUCUCUUCAUCGACCCUCCCAGGAUCAUUGGUAUAACGAACUUCACGAAUAAUGACGAACAUGGCCAACAGCCCAGCCUUGGCUACCGCAAACCUAGCCCCGGCACCGGCAACGCCUGCCAUUCACCCUGCUGACCGCAGUGACAUACACAAAUCCUGUCGCACGAUAGAAGUGCUCGUUGCUACGCUCACGGACUAUUGUGAGGCUGCGCGGACGUUUGCUACCGUACAAAAGAAGCUCGUGAAGGCUUUGAAAGAUGCAGCUGGAAUCAAGGCUGGUGUAGAGUAUGCUGCCAAUGCCUUGAGCUCAUCAGCGAGUAUCUUUGAGGUCCUUGCAGACGUCGACGCCAAGUUUGCCAAAAUCGCAGAUAAGGAGUGUGGAAGCGUGAAUGCGGAAGUGAAGAAGUGGUUCAAGAAGUUGGCGAAAGAGGAGAAAGCUCACGAUGACCGAAUGAAUGAGUCUAACGCCAAGAUCAAACAAGCUGGUCAAUCCUACGAGAAGAAAUCCAAGAAAGGCACUCGAGACGCAGGCGAAGAACAUGCCCGAUACAUUAACUUACUCAGUGUUAUUGGACCAGAGAUGUCCCAGGAAAAACAUAAUCAUUCCAUGUACGUUGCCCAACAGCACGCGUCGACCAUGUUCGGCGUCGCAGCUUGUCUCGCACGCAUUGCAGACGCAGAAUGGGCCAGAACGUGUGAGAGCAUGCGUCGAUUUGCACCCACUAUCGGUCCACUCGGUGAAUGGAGGACGCUCUGUGAAGGCGCUUGGAGUGGACCGUUGCCGGACGAUUUACCUGAUCCCUCCUCCUAUAGAUCCCAUGCUCAGGUCCCAACUCCACACAACUUGUCGCCUACCCCGACCAUGUCGACGACUACCGCAGGGUCCACCGUGUAUGGCAACGUAGUAUCGGAGUGGGGUUUAACGGCCACAUCUGAACGCUCGUUGCCUGUCCCUCCAGGCGGUGGUGGGUUCAGUCUAGGUUCCCCACUCCCAAUUGGGAAUAUACCAUUGGAACCUCCCCGCCCUCCCUACGCUUCAAAUACCUACAAUAGUAUUAAUACCCAGUCUAGCGCUGACAGCGCGAACAGUCAAGGCUCGGUCAACUCGAUCACGACACUUUCCGCGUUCCCAUUGCCACCAACGCAUAUACCUGGUCCCGUCUCUGCGACGCCCAUCAGCCAAGUAGCAGAGGCACAGAGGCAGAAACAACUCCAGGCACAACAGGUCGAACAGAUGCAGAUGCAGAACAUUCAUGCUGCGCUUUCGCAUAUGGAAAUUCAGAACCAUGUUCUGAGUCAAGUGCACUCUGGGUCGUUGGAUUCACCUAUACCGACUGAGAGUCCACUAGGCGCUGAUACCGCCUCUGGAAUGCUAGACGCACGUAGGUCUCCGCGUAUUCCUCCUCCACUGACUUCGCAGACGCCUUCUGUCUCGCGUCAGAAUUCUGGCGGUUCUCCGGAGGAGAGACCGAGCCGCCCGGGCUCGUCCAUGGAGCAUAAAACCCCAUUCGGUUCGAAUCCUUCCGUGCUGCUAACGGGUGGGGGAGAAUUGCCCAGGCCCCGUCGUCGAUCCAUCGUUGGGCGUCCACCUUUACCUUCACCAGCACCCAAGUCGCCGUUACCACCUAUACCGGUGUUACCGUCGCCAACGCUGGCCUUCAGGCCAGACUCACCCUUCAAGAGGUCAGCAGAACAAGGAGAGAGAGAGUUUGGUGUUCAGAGGGAUGGUGAAAGGGCCGGUAAUGCGGUCAGUAUUGACGGCACUAGCAGGGGAAGGAGUGCGUUCAAGAGUCAGAGUAUGGAUGCUGGCAGAAAGCCACUUCUGAGAAGCGAGAGCACGGGCAGUAACGUUGCAGCCUUGAAGAAUCGGUACAGUCGAAUUGUAGAGGCACCUUCGCAAGGACCGAAGGACAUACCCCGCUUACCGAUGAGCGUGUCGGAGAUGGCGUCGAGAUACCAACCUGUUGACGAACCGAUGUCUCCGCGACGCAUGGCUGCCGCCUCUCCUACCACCGAUCGGUUCCCGCCACUACAAAUACCUUCAGAUACACCCUUAAUGCAUCAAACAGCACGUGACAUGCGUAUUGACGAGAACGAGAUACGCAAACGGAAGCAGCGCAUCGAAGAGUUGGCUGAGCUGGAGCUCAAAGAGAAGGAAUAUGAGCUUCGGCAACGAGAGCGCGAGCUGAAUCAGCGCUCUCGGGAGCUGGAGAGGGAUAAGUUCCAGUUCCUUCAUUCCCGGCCUGAUUUCAACCUUACCACCUCUGCGAACGUGGGUGACGGCCCGAAAGGUCCGAGAAAUAACCGCUUUGUGCACAAGCGCGGUUCUCAGAGUGUUUCGCAUAUAGUCAUGCCGCAUCCUUCCUCAUCCUCCUCAUCCUUUAUUACAAACAAGAUCGCCUCGGCUUCGACGUCGCAUCUGCCCCUGCCAAUGCCAGUGCCAACGCCCAUGCCCCUCCCAAGCCCAGCUAACACAACGUCUUCUCCGUCUCGUUCCCAAUCUUCGACGCCGCUGCCUGCGAAGGAUCACGCGCCGUUCUGUGGAUGCGACACUUGCUCAGUGGCUAAAUACCGUUUAUCGAAUACCUGUCCCUCCCCUCAUGAUCUCCGUCCGCCGGAGCCACCUAUCAUGUUACGUCCUGAGAAACCCAAAGGAUGGAUGAGGCGGUUGAGUAUGCCGUCCGUGAGCGGAGCGUUCUCGCUCGAUGCGGCGAAGAAGAAUGCAACCAGCUUGGCAAGUCUGAAACAUGGAUUGCCUAUCCCUGUCGGCGAGAAUGGAAGGUUAAGAAAACGAAGUUUCGAGCAGUGUAUCGUAGGGAGUGGCGCUGUCGAUGCUGCUGGUCGGAUGUGAUUCAGAUGAGUGUCCUUGCCGAGAUUUUCUAGGAUAGUUUUCUUGGGACUUCGUGGUUCACAUACCUUCAACGUUUUUUUUUUGCACCUCUGUCUGAGGAAUAGACUAUCGAGCUUGUUUUUAUUUUCAAGACUUAUGACCCUUACGUUUAUGAUACCUUCGCUAGCUUUGGUCUGCAC